UUCAUCGUUACAACAAUUAUUAAGUCAUAAUCAGGAUGCCAUCCGACGAUGAUGUUACGUAAAAUAAUCAAAUUCACAUAAAAUAUGUUUCAAAUUAUAACUAAUAUCCUGUCUGAAUCCAGAGCAUGGAGCAAUUGAAACCGUUCAAAAAUAUAUCUGGAAUUCCAUCAAAUAUUACUUAACAACAAAUGUUGAUUUGUUGUUGAAUUAAUUUGUUGACAUUUACAGUUUAAGUCACUGAAAUAGUUUUCAUUAAGUAAACCAAUAAAACAAACGAUAAAAUGAUAAAAUGACAACAUUAAAGUUCUGUCGAAAAUAUUUUACAAGUUAUCUGCUAAAGUCCAAGAACUUACCCACCGGUUCCCUGGAUACUGUACCUGUCAUACAGCAGAAAGAUUUAUAUCUUUUCCCUGUGGUCUCUCUGUAAUAGUUAUAAUAACUGUUUGGGCCUCGGAGAUAUCCCCUCCUGCCACUCUCCUCCGUGCUAAUACAUAUCUAAUCGUGUCCUCAAGCGUUCCAUCUAUGAAAAUCUCGGCCGUGAAGGAGAACUACAAAAUAGAGUUUUGGAAAUUGCUGCCUUUAAAAAAGACUCUGACAUGGAUGUUACCUUCAAUAAAUUAAUGUCUUCGAAACAGUGUAAAAGCUAUAAAUAUUUAGGGAUCUUUAAUAUUUAUAAAUAACAAAAGAUGCUCAAAAUAAAUCGCAAUUGCUUUUAAAUGUUGUUAUUAAAUGAUUUUUAAGAUGAAAAGACAGUCACUAUAAUUGAACAGCAAUGAAAAUAGCAUUUCCUUAAUCAUAGCCCAUUAAAAAAUAAUCCUGGUAUCCGGUUGCAGGUUUUGCCACCGAGACCCGGAACAAAUCUCCUUAUAUCAUUUUCCAACACAUUUCAUCAAAGCCUUGAUCUGUCAAAAGCAACGUUUUCAAUGGGGAUUUAGCUUCUCCGGGAUCACAGAGACGUGAAUAAAUUCAUGAAUAAGGCAUCCGUUUCGGUUCAUUAUGGGAACGACUGAUAAUUACCCCAAUUAAAAGUCUUUUGUAUAAUUAAUGGAAUGAACAGAGUGGUAAUUGGAUGUUAAUGGAUAACACUUUUGUCUGAGUGUGCACAUUAAAAUCUGUUGGCCCUUGAGCGUGUGGACCUGCUGUCAUUAACACAGAGAAAAAACCUCGUGUGUGUCACAUCACACCAUCACCUAUAAAUAGACGUUUUGCAGUGUGUUCCUCAUAUCUUAUCAAAACGAGGGGUGGGCUGGAGAUGACAUGUUCAAAGGGUGUCCAUCAUCAGUACCCACGCGCCCUUAAAGUCAAAAGUGUCCUUGAAUAAAAACGCUGAACCCCCUGCCUCCUCAUAUCUGUAAAUCACAACCGUCCUCUCUUCUCCUCCGUUCCGCAGGUAGCGACCUCUCACCAUGCAGCACUACGGGGUGAACGGCUACUCUCUGCACGCCAUGAACUCCCUCAGCGCCAUGUACAACCUGCACCAGCAGGCCGCGCAACAGGCACAGCACGCGCCCGACUACCGCCCAUCCGUGCACGCGCUUACACUGGCCGAGAGACUAGCCGGCUGUGCAUUUCAAGACAUCAUCCUGGAGGCUCGCUACGGCUCUCAGCACCGCAAACAGCGCCGGAGCCGCACGGCCUUCACUGCGCAGCAGCUGGAAGCGCUGGAGAAGACUUUCCAGAAGACCCACUACCCGGAUGUGGUGAUGAGGGAGCGGCUGGCCAUGUGCACCAACCUGCCCGAGGCCAGAGUGCAGGUUUGGUUCAAGAACCGCAGAGCCAAGUUCCGCAAGAAGCAACGCAGCCUCCAGAAGGAGCAGCUGCAAAAGCAGAAGGAGGCGUCAGGGGAAGGAGGGAGCGAGAAGGAGGACGCACCUCCCUCAGCCACCAUCCUUCCUGACACCCAGCUGCCUCCUUCAUCCUCCUCCUCCUCUUCAUCUUCUCUGGAGACAGAAGGUCCGGUGGUCCGUCCCGUACCGCUGGACAUGGAGCUGAACGUCACGUCGGCAGAACAUUCAGGCAGCGAGUCGGCGACGGAGGAUAACGCCACAGAUAAGGAGGAUGAGAGUAAAUCUCAAAGAGAGGAGAUAAAGUGUGAGAGAGCAGUGACACCUGGGGACGUCUCCCCCUGCAAGAGACUCAGCCCUAAACCAGAUCACAACUUAACUCCCUCUUCUCUCUGUCCAGACUCUCCCCUGGUCUCUCCGUCCGUGACCCCCUCCUCCUCCAGCAGCGGCCUGGCUAGCAGCGGUCCUCUCUCCCAGAGCCACUCUUACUCCUCAUCCCCUCUCAGCCUGUUUCGUCUGCAGGAGCAGUUCCGCCAGCACAUGGCUGCCACCAACAACCUGGUGCACUACCCCGCCUUUGACCUCGCUGCCCCGUCUUCACUCCCCUACCUGGGAAUGAAUGUUAACAUGCCCCCCGCGCCGCUGGGCUCUCUGCCCUGCCAGUCCUACUACCAGUCCCUGUCCCACCACGCCCAGCAGGUGUGGAACAGCCCGCUGCUUCAGGCGUCAGCUGCGGGCGGCCUCACCAGCCACAACAGCAAGACCACCAGCAUCGAAAACCUGCGUCUGAGGGCCAAACAGCACGCCGCGUCGCUGGGACUGGACACAAUGUCUAACUGAGAAUCAGACUGUAUCGAGGAUGGUGUAAACCAGGCCACAGCCUCCACGGCCUACACAUCACCCCAUCCUACUGCGUGUCUGUGUGACUGUGAUAGGUCUUUAGGAGCUGUAUACUGACCCCAACUUGAGUAGAUGGGUGCGGGACAUGCAGAGAUGUCCAAAAAUAAAACAUGCCAACAUGCACUGGACCUACAGAACUCCAUACAACAGCUUUUUAAGACAAACCACCCCUCUGUCUUCUUUAAUUCUUCUUAGCUUCUGUUGCAGCUCAAGGUCCCAAAGUACAUCCUUGAGGAAAAGAAAACCCAUUACAUGCUGAACAUUGCUAGAAAAAGAUGCAGCAGAUCAAGUGAAUGUCUCAACUCAAAGAACAACAAACAUAUUCCUGACUCAUGUGAUGACGUUUCCAACAGACAUGUAAAGUUGGAUCUUCUUAAUAUCUGAAAUAGUUCAAAAGAAUCACUACAGAUGAUGUGAAAAACUGAUGAUGGAUGCACUCAGUUUAAAAGACAAUGCAAACAAUGUUUACAAGAAUAAUGUGAAUAAAUGAGGCACUUUUGGAGGAAUUAGGCUCGUUGGCCAGGAGGGAAAAAAAGGUAUCGCUCAUGCAGCAGAGAGACCAUUGACAUUUCAAUUAAGAAACGUAGUUAUGUACAUAGCAUGUACUACAUAACAGCACAUAAAUAAAAAUAAACCCAAGCCAUGUUGUCCUCAACAGCAUAAUUAAAAGUGACUAAUUUACCAGUUUAAUGGCCAGUAAUAUGCCACUUUGUACAGAGGCUGGCUUGAUAAUGAGAAAAUGAUUUCAGUGACUAAAUUCUCAAAGCUUUUAAUUACAUUUUGCCCUGGGCUGAGGGAGCUGGGGCAAAUGCAAUUAUGAACAUGCAUACCAUUUAAAGCAGCCUUUAUAAAUUCAAAAGGUCUGUACAUUAAUGGUCAAUUAAGGUAGCAACAUGACUGACAUCACUUUACAAUGAAUUGGAAAUCAAUUUCCACUGAAUACAAAAUGAUAUGUUAUACAAAUUUGGACUAUUGGAUGAACACUGUCUUGACUCAGAUUUUCUCAGCAGUUAUUCUUGCCUUAAUAUUCUCUUGAGGAAACAUGCAGCUUUUCAUUGAGGGUCAGGCUGACUGUUAGCACUUGGUGAGGAGAAUCACACACAUCUCUGAUGUUUUUUUGUUUCACGUGUUCUGGCAAGUAAAGUCUUCAUAUGAAAAAAAAAGCACAUUAUUUUAAUAUGUAAAAUACAAAAAAGUUUAUCUAUUAAUGUUUACUGGUAGGGUAAUUGUAAAGUUCCUAUUAUGUUGUAUAAUUGAUAAUGGACUCUUGUCUCAGAUAAAAUUCCUUUAGCUGUCAGAUUGUAAGAUUGUAUUUGCUGAGCUCACCGGCAGCCCCGUCUACCCCUCCUCUCUUGGUUGUCUGUGUACGGAUCCUGGGUUGAAUUAAUAUUUUAAAUGUGUUCAGUUUCCUCUCUGGGAUUGACUUAAAAGAAGCAGUGGAACAAAUUUGGAUUGUUGGGAAACUGCCACCUUCUGUACUUUGCGAUCGACCCAGACAGAAAAGCCUGAAGUCAAAGGAAGGUGAAAAGAUUUCGGUGAAUAAUUGACCUGAGUCCUCUGUGUACUGCUGUCUUGACUCUAUUUGAGUUCUGUUGUUGCUCUUAUUCUAAUGCUGUUCCCCCGACUGUCUCUGUCAAAACUACUUGGUCCAGUGGUAGAUAGAUUUAUAACGGUGGAGGAGGAAAGUGAUCGGACCAUCUGCAGUGUUGUUUCCUUUACUCCUCCCUAACAAUGUAGACUUGAACUAGUGUUGUUGUAAAAUAAUCAUCAAAUAAAAACAUUGCUUGGAGAUCUUUAUA